UCAUGGCUUCCCGGCUAGCCCUGAGCGGGUUUCUGCUGGCUAGCGUUGGCGUCUGCUUCGCGACUUUCGGACAUGAACAUGUUCACAUUCGUAUCCAUUUACCUGAGCCCGAGCACCAUUCGUCUAAAGAAGUGAUAGUACAUGAGCAUCACGACGACCACGGACACGGUGGUGGUGGUGGCGGCCAUGGGGGCGGCCACGGUGGAGGCUUCGCUGAACACUUGCACGGAGGAUUUGCCGACCACCUGAAAGGUCACGGAGGACACGGCGGAGGCGGUGGUUACGGAGGCGGCGGACAUGGUGGUGGAUUCGACGAGCACGACCACGGACACGGCGGCGGCGGCGGCGGUGGCGGCUACGACCUCGGCGGUGGCGGUCACGGCGGUCAUGAUUUCGGAGGUGGCCAUGGUGGUGGCGGUUUUGGAGGACAUGACUUUGGCGGUGGUCACGGAGGAGACUUUGGAGGUGGACAUGGCGGCGGUGGUCAUGAUUUCGGAGGUGGUCAUGAUGUCGGAGGAGGACACGAUUUCGGUGGAGGGCAUGACUUUGGUGGCGGCCAUGGAGGAGGCGGCCACGACUUCGGUGGCGGCCAUGGAGGUGGCGGCCACGACUUCGGUGGCGGCCAUGGAGGUGGCGGCCACGACUUCGGAGGCGGUCAUGGAGGUGGCGGCCAUGACUUCGGAGGCGGUCAUGGUGGUGGCGGUGGACACGAUUUCGGAGGUGGACACGGCGGCGGCGGUGGAGGCCAUGACUUCGGAGGUGGCCACGAUAUCGGAGGCGGUUAUGGAGGCGGCCACGGUGGUGGAUUCGGAGGCGGUCAUGGAGGAGGCUUUGGCGGCGGACACGACCACGGAGGCGGCCACGACCACGGCAGCGACUUUGGCGGAGGUUUUGGUGGUGGUUUCGGCGGAGGACAUGAUGAUCAUCACGGCGGCGGCGGUUUCUCCGGUGGCCACGGCGGCGGUGGAUUCUCAUCUGGCGGACACGACAGCUACAGCGGCGGUGGAGGUCACGGUGGACUGGGCAGCUUCGGCGGCGACAGUUACAGUAUCGGCGGUCACGGAAGCGGCGGCGGUGGCGGCCAUGACAGUUACUCCUCCGGAAUCAGCAGUUAUGAUGCUCCAUUGAGUGGUCACGGUGACAGCGGACACGGCGGCGGAUUCAGUGGACACGGUGGUGACAGCUACAGCUCUGGAUUCGGUGGAGGACACGGUGGCGGUCACGGCGGCGGCCACGGAGGUGACAGCUACAGUAUUGGCUUCGGCGGUGGCCACGGCGGCGGUGACAGUUAUAGUUCCGGAGGCCACGGAGGCGGUCACGGUGGCGGACAUGGAGGAGAUAGUUAUAGCUCCGGGUUCGGCGGCCACGGCGGCGGCGGCGGUCAUGGAGGUGGUCACGGAGGCGGCCACGGCGGGUUCAGUUUAGCAGACCUGGGCGGCGGUGGCGGCCACGGCCACAGUAGCUCGGGCGGCGAUAGCUAUACGAGCGCCAUCUCCGCGGGGCACGGCGGCGGACCCUACCACCGAAAGUAG